AUGAAAGUCCCGACUCCUGCUGGCAUGCAUUUUCUCCACUAUGCUAUUCUCUUGGGUUUUCACUAUUUACACGUUUUGCUUCGUUUUGCCUUCUUCGGGACCGAAUCCACAUGGCAUCCUGACAUGAUCAAUAUCCUCAUCCUCUUUUCGUCUGUCCACACCUCCGACCAUCAUCUCUAUUCGGUCUUUGAACACCCAAACUCCGUUAUAUGUCCCCUGUCAAUCAAAUUUGACUACUAA